GCCAUGACUGACACUGUGCUCAGCAACAGCUCCAACCGCUGGAUGUAUUCCAGCGACCGACCCCUUCAAUCAAAUGAUAAAGAACAGCUCCAGGCAGGCUGGUCCAUCCACUCCAGUGGCCAGCCUGACCGGCAGAAGAAGCAGGAAGAGCUGACAGAUGAGGAGAAGGAAAUCAUCAACAGGGUAAUCGCUAGAGCUGAGAAGAUGGAAGAGAUGGAACAGGAGCGAAUUGGGCGCCUGGUGGACCGCCUGGAGAACAUGAGGAAGAACGUGGCUGGGGAUGGGGUUAACCGCUGCAUACUCUGUGGGGAACAGCUGGGAAUGCUAGGUUCCACCUGUGUUGUAUGUGAAGACUGUAAGAAGAACGUCUGUACCAAGUGUGGCGUGGAGACCUCCAACAACCGUCUGCAUCCUGUAUGGCUCUGCAAAAUCUGCAUCGAGCAGAGAGAGGUAUGGAAGCGUUCUGGAGCAUGGUUCUUCAAGGGUUUUCCCAAGCAGGUCCUUCCUCAACCUAUGCCUAUAAAGAACACCAAACCCCAGCAACCUAUCAGUGAGCCUGCGGCCCCAGAGCAGCCCACCACUGAACCCAAGAAUGCUGCCAAGACUCCAGCUCGAGGUCCUGACCUGGGCUCUGCUCCUGGCCGGGGAGGUUAUGGACCUCCAGUACGCAGGGCCUCUGAGGCACGAAUGAGCUCAGCUGGCCGUGAUUCAGAGAGCUGGGACCACAGGCAUGGUGGUGCAGCUGGAGACUCCUGCAGGAGCCCAGUAGGCUUGAGACGGGCCAACUCAGUCCAGGCCUCCAGACCUGCCCCUGCCGCCAUGCCAAGUCCAGCGCCUCCUCAGCAUGGCCAGCCAGGACCCCCAGGAAGCAGCAGACCUGGCCCUGGGCCAGCAGGACGCUUUCCAGAUCAGAGAUCAGAGGUGCCUCCGAGUGACUCCACCUACCCAGGAGCCACAGCCACGCCUCGGGAAGAAAGAAUGGGGGCCUCCAGGGAAAACAGAGUGGGCCACCCAUCCAGCCCCUAUUCCCAAGCAGCAGCUGCUGCUCCUCCGACUGCCGCAGCCCCCACCCACCAGCCCCCACCCCCAGAGGAGGAGGAGGAAGAAGCCAACAGCUACGAUUCGGAUGAAGCAACCACCCUGGGUGCCCUGGAAUUCAGUCUUCUCUAUGACCAGGAUAACAGCUCCCUGCAGUGCACCAUCAUAAAGGCCAAGGGACUGAAGCCCAUGGAUUCCAAUGGCUUGGCUGAUCCCUACGUGAAGCUGCACCUCCUGCCAGGAGCCAGCAAGUCCAACAAACUUCGUACAAAAACCCUGCGGAACACACGGAACCCCAUCUGGAAUGAGACCUUGGUCUAUCAUGGCAUCACAGAUGAGGACAUGCAGCGGAAGACCCUCAGGAUCUCUGUCUGCGAUGAGGACAAAUUUGGCCAUAACGAGUUUAUCGGUGAGACCAGAUUCUCACUCAAGAAACUGAAGCCCAAUCAGAGGAAGAAUUUCAAUAUCUGUCUGGAGCGGGUCAUCCCAAUGAAGCGUGCUGGGACCACCGGGUCAGCCCGAGGCAUGGCCCUGUAUGAGGAGGAGCAGGUGGAACGUAUUGGUGAUAUAGAGGAACGUGGCAAGAUCCUGGUGUCCCUCAUGUACAGCACCCAGCAGGGAGGCCUCAUUGUGGGCAUCAUACGCUGCGUCCACCUAGCCGCCAUGGAUGCCAAUGGCUACUCAGACCCAUUCGUCAAACUCUGGCUGAAACCAGACAUGGGAAAGAAGGCUAAACACAAGACUCAAAUUAAGAAGAAAACCUUGAACCCUGAAUUUAAUGAGGAGUUUUUCUAUGACAUCAAACAUAGUGAUCUGGCCAAGAAGUCACUGGACAUCUCGGUCUGGGACUAUGAUAUCGGCAAGUCCAACGAUUACAUUGGAGGCUGCCAGCUGGGGAUCUCGGCCAAAGGGGAACGCUUGAAACACUGGUACGAGUGUCUGAAAAACAAGGACAAGAAAAUCGAGCGGUGGCAUCAACUGCAGAAUGAGAACCACGUGUCGAGCGAUUAA